AUGGCGGCUGUCAAUGUCCUGUCUUACCCUCUGACUACAGGUGCGCUCGCAUCCUUUGUGUAUCUCGCUGGCCUAGUCUGCUAUCGCUUGUACUUUCAUCCUUUGGCAAGAUUCCCUGGUCCCAAGUAUGCAGCUCUCAGUCGAUGGCAUGAGUUUUACUACGAGGUCGUGAAGAAAGGCCAGUUUACCUUCAAAGUCCAGGAGCUACAUAAGAAAUAUGGUCCGAUUGUCCGAAUUGUCCCUGAUGAACUGCACAUUCAGGACUCGCAGUUCUACGAUACACUCUACACCAAAGCAGGGCGCGUUGACAAGUAUGACUGGAUGGCUGGGCGAUUUGGCUGCGACACUUCAGUCUUCACCACCGGCGCGGAUGAGCUACAUCGUAUACGACGCGGUGCUUUGAAUCCACUGUUUUCUCGCACUCGAAUUCUCGACCUCCAAACCAUCAUCCGCGAAAAGAUUGACAUCCUCAUUGGUAGGAUCGGUGAAUUCCAAAGGGAGGGCCGCGUGUUGGCUAUUAGCCAUGCCUUCAUGGCUCUGACAGGUGAUGUUGUCAUGGAAUACUGCUUCUCCUUGAGUUACGACCAUUUGAAACUGCGCAAUUUCGAGAAGACCAUGCAUGAACCUUUCAUGGCAGCCAGUAUUAGCGGUCACCUGUCGCUACAGUGUCCCUGGGUCCCAAAAAUUCUGUUCGCCCUACCAGAAUCGAUAUUAGUCAAGAUCGAGCCCCUGUAUGCACUGGUCUUCAAGAUGCAAGCAGAUUUUCGCAAGCAGAUUACGGCAAUGAAGCAAGGAAAGAUGAAUGAAAAGCUCGCCAAAUCAAUUCAUCCAACAGUCUUCCAGGAACUCAUCUCAGGCUCCCUGCCAGCCUCAGAGAAAGAAAACCUACGACUGCAGGACGAAGCGCAGCUCGUCGUAGCCGCAGGCGUCACCACUACCGGCUGGGCACUGAGCACCGCAGCCUUUCAUAUCAUCAAGAACCCGACGCUCUUCAAAACCCUCCGCGAGGAACUCGAAACCGCCCUUCCGGAUCCAAAAGUACCACUAUCCUGGACCGACCUCGAGCGUCUGCCAUAUCUGACGGGCUGUGUGCGCGAAGCAGUGCGAAUGUCCUACGCCGUCACAACGCGCAACCCGCGCCUGUUCAACAAGGAAAUCACGUACGAAGGGUGGGUUAUUCCAGCUCGGACCCCGGUGUCAAUGACGAUCGUGGACGUCAAUGAUGACCCAGAGAUCUUUCCCAGCCCUCGAGAAUUCAGACCCGAGAGAUGGAUCAAUCCCCCGAAGACUCCCGAUGGGAGCAGUCUCGAGCGAUACUUCGUUGGAUUCGGGAAGGGGUCGAGGAGCUGUUUGGGAGUCAACCUUGCCCACGCUGAAUUGUACAUGACUAUGGCAGCCGUGUUUCGCAACUUCACAUUUGAGUUGUACGAGACAGACAUCUCGGAUGUGGAGCUCGCUCAUGAUUUUUUCCUCCCGAGUCCUAAGCUCGAUAGUAAGGGUGUCAGGGUCAAAGUUCUCGCUACUUAG